AUGAAGAAAGAAGAAGAAGAAGAAGAAGAAGAAGAAGAAGAAGAAGAAGAAGAAGAAGAAGAAGAAGAAGAAGAAGAAGAAGAAGAAGAAGAAGAAGAAGAAGAAGAAGAAGGCUAUUCUGUUGAUGGGGCGGACAUUGCCAAGAGCUUAGCGGUUCUUUUCACCAAGCACAGACAAACUGUGUCGGGACGCUGGCGAGCCGGAACUAGCACGACCAUCUACGGCUUUUCAACGUUGAAGACGCAGACUAUUGGGUAG